UUAGUGCGUUGGAGGGAGGGUAUUGUUGUCCGAGAAUUAUAACUCCCUGCGAAGAAGCUAAAAAGGAGCAAUGGCGGAAGUGGGAUAUAGAAUACUAGAAUAGAGAUAGAGGCGUAAAAAGCAAAAACCCCAUAAACCCUCUCUCGGUCACACUUUGACAAGUAAAGAGUGAGAGCACAGUAGCAUCAAUUCAAUGGCGAUUCAUCUGCCAGACCACUUCAAGUGUCCAAUUUCGCUGGAAAUAAUGUCGGACCCUGUAAUACUGUCCUCGGGGCACACCUUCGAGCGUUCCUCAAUCCAACGUUGGCUCGACGCAGGCCACAGAACGUGUCCAAUUACGAAACUACCCCUCCCGGAGCACCCUUCACUAAUCCCCAACCACUCCCUCCGAAGCCUAAUCUCCAACUACGCCCUCCUCGCUCCCAUUCACCACACCAUUUCCCAACCAGAAACCCUAAUUUCAACCCUCGCCUCGCCCUCUUCCCCACUCGAUUCCAAAAUCGACGCCCUCCGCCACCUCACGCGCCUCUCCAAGCGCGACUCCGCCUUCCGCCGCCGCCUCGCCGACUCCGCCGCCGUCCCCGCGCUCCUCGCCGCCGUAGACCACCCCGCGCUCCAGGACAAGGCCCUCCCGCUCCUCCUCAACCUCUCCCUCGACGACGACUCCAAGGUCGGCCUCGUCGCGGAGGGCGUCGUCGCGCGCGUCGUCGCCGUCCUCCGCCGCCCCGCCGCCUCGCCGGACUCCCGCGCCGUGGCCGCCACCAUCGUCACCAGCCUCGCCGUCGUCGAGGUCAACAAGGCCACCAUCGGCGCCUUCCCCGCGGCGAUCGGCGCGCUGGUGGCCAUCCUCCGCGACGGCAAGGGCCGGGAGAGGAAGGAGGCCGCCACCGCGCUGUACGCGCUCUGCUCUUUUCCGGAUAACCGGAGAAGAGCCGUGGAUUGCGGCGCGGUGCCGAUUUUGUUCAGGAACGUUGAAAUUGGGCUUGAACGCGGUGUUGAGGUUAUCGGCGUUUUGGCCAAGUGCAAGGAAGGGAGAGAGCAAAUGGAAGGUUAUGAGAAUUGCGUUCAUAUUCUUGCUCGCGUUUUGAGGAAUGGAAGCUCCAGGGGGGUUCAGUAUGCGCUGUUGGCACUCACUUCGCUCUGUUUUUAUAGCCAGCAAAUGGUUUUAGUGGCUCUGGAAGAAGGGGUUCUGGAAGCUUCUAUUGGGUUCGUGGAAGAUGAUAACGAGAAAGUGAGGAGGAAUGCUUGUAAUUUGGUUCGGGUUCUGCGUGGCACCAACAACCACAACCGGGUCAGGUGAUGAUGGCAAGUAUCAGUUUUGAUGGGAAGAAAUAUUUGUUUGUCUCCUCUGUGGAGGUGAGUUGUUGUUUUUAUUUUUAUGUUUAGUUUAUUGGUUCUGCCUUGUUGGGUGGGUCCUCUGUACAAAAUGGAAAGAUCAAUUUUUUCUUUUGUUUUGAAUGUGAUAGGGUUCUUUUGUAUCUUGUAUAUUGAAUAAUGAGGAUGGGCUAGCUCUCUGGUGUUAGAUUAGCUGUUCUGAUUGGAAAGUUGAUCAUCCUUUGAUUUGUAGUGCUUCAUAGUUAGAAAAUUUCUCCUGGUUUCGACUCUUGACAUCUUGAUUGUAACUUCAAAGUUGUUUUUUCAGAUAUCUUUCGUUUAUAUUUA